AUGUCAUUAGAUAUGGGUUCAACACCCUAUGCAGAUACAGAGCUGAAAGAACAGUCAACAGAACACCAAAAAAUCAGCGAAUUGUCUCAAAAUAUUGCCAUCAGCGCCAUUGCGGAGCAGUUUUUGGAUGUCCCAGAAGUCAGUUUGGAAAUGCGAGCAUAUCUGGUUCAAACCACACUUCCAACAGUUGUAUUAUCACUCGAAAAAUUGAUUAUCGAAGUGGAGAGACGCAAAAACCUUGAAUGCGAUGGUAUAGACAAGAGCUUGAAAAAUGAAUGCUCCAGGUCCAUUGAGCUUGCCGACUCUCAAACAACUUUAGACGACGCAACCAAUAUGCAAUACGAUUUACCCAAGGAUAGAUUUGACGCGCUCAACUGGCUUGCACAACACUUGUUUCGAAACAAUCCUACAUACUCCAACUUUUCCGAAGAAACAUCAUCACCAUAUGUCAAAAGCAUAAAGGCUGUAGCCGAAGGACUUUAUAAAAAAAUAUCAGAUUUGGUUGCUUUCAAGGAAGCAAAAAAAAUUGCAGACGAGUUGGCCAAGCAGGAUGAGAUUGAAAGAAUUAAACUUGCUCAGAUUGCACGAAUCGACGAAAACAGGCGCAUCUUUACUAGCUUGCUUGGCUCAACAUUCAAAAUUUGGACUACAUCUAUAUGGAGAAAACAGCCAGGAGUGCUUUACCGUUCAGAGAUUAUUGAAGAGUUCAAAAGUGUAGCGCAAACUACCGAUAUUCAGUCAUGUCCGGAGCUAUACGCUAAAGUGAUUGAGCAGUGCGAAUAUAUCUCAAAGGAAAAAUCCAGCAUGAACAUUGAUAUUCCUCCAAACAAUUUACUGUUUGAUCCAUCCGAGCCAAUCUAUGCCCUGGAUCCAGCAGCAGUAGAACGAUGGGACUGCAAUUUUUUUACAAAGAUGAAUCUUAAACUUAUGUGCAUGUGGAGCGUCAAUGAACUAACCAAUUUUCUUCGAGUUCUCUCAUCAAAAGUCAGUGGUCACAGCACACUGCUCAAUACAGUAUAUAAAGAACAUCUGUACGUACCCAAAUUCAAACUUUCUCCAAACUCUACCGUCAAUGAUUGGCUUGAAGCACUGUUGCCAAUUUCAGAGGUGUUGAAGCUGGACGAUUCGAUUCACGAGGAUGCAGCCUCUAAAGCAUUCAAAGACUUUUGUUUGGGAAAAUCCAAUCCGCGAUUCCAGAAUGAGACUGAUACAGACAUUACCGCAGAUUCUGACGACACUGUGGCGGUAUCGGAGAGUAUUUAUAAAGGUUUUGCUAAAGGAAUUUUAGGAGAAUUUGGCACUGAUUUGUUCUGCAGUCUAAUGACUCAAAUCAAAAAAGAAGUCGAGGAAGAGCAGAUUCAUGCCGAAAAGCGUACAGCGCGAGCUAAUGCUGCCAUAACAGCGUCUCAAAUAAGCUCUGCCGUAAAAGCACAGCUGGAAACAAAAAAUCAAGCUCUUGAUCAAAUAGGCAGCUUUCUUGCUUGCCUUUUAGAGCCAAGUGGAGUUUUGCGAGUUGGAUACCUUAUCAAAAUUCUCACUAUUAUCAUUGAUAAUCCUGAUAUUUCUCCUACAGUAUUGAAACUUUUAUCUAGUAUCAGAUCACACCUUGGAUCGCUUGAAACAGUGUCUAUAAAAGAAAUGCUGAUCAAAAUUGAAUCCAUAUGUGAAUCUGAUAUUCAAGGGCUGGCUGAAAUGGUUCCAUUGCUGACGUGGGCACUCGAUGUGGUGACGAGCAAAGCUGCAGAGUCUAAAGAAAAUACAUUUUCUCGAUCUAAAAUUGAACAGGAAGCACUGGAAGAAAUUGAAACAAUGGCAUUGCAAACUGAUUUAUCUGUUUCCACUGCUUGCAACGCUUUUAUCAAUGUUCUAGAAAAUGCAUUUCAAAAAAUUCAUCCAAAUAGCAAGGCAUUUGGCCGAGUUUCGUUGGUUGAAACUGCUCUCACCGGAUUGACUAAUGGACACGAUAAGCUUACCGAUGAAGAUUUAAUUGCUUCAAGUGGAGUUAUCGAAUCAUUUAUGCGCACAGUAGCUACCAGCAAGGAGCUCAGAUCUACUCAUUUGGGACUAACCACAAACGAAGGCUCUGGCAUUGACUACCAUAUUAUUUUACUUGAAAAUAAUGUUUUAAUUGAGGAUGUGGCAUCAAAUGCAAUGCUGUCGGAAGAUUCAUUUGUAACAGCGGUAACUAAAAACAUUCAAUCUAACGAGCAAGCUAAAUUUAUGGGUGUCUCUUUGGUUUCAGCGCAAGAUAAACCAUUUGGCGCAUUUGAUAUGGUUAUGUGUGGACCUGAAAUACUUACUCGCGCUGAUAUGGAUUUUUCCAAGCUUGCGGUAUCUCGAUUAGUAAGUCUUUUAACCCGCAUAGAGAAUCGUAUCAAGUCAAUUGAGGUGGCAAAAUCGGCCAUGAGCUAUUUGUCUAGCCGAUGCAGUGCUGAAAUUCAAAUCUUUAUAGUUGAGCCAAAUCCUAAAUCACUUGAUCCCGAAAUUUUUCAAAUCGAGUCCGUUUCUUUAUCUACACCAGAAGCAUCUUAUCCGCAGUCCGAGUCGCGUUCAAUUCAGGCUUCACCUUACAUUAGACCAUGGUCAUCUAGGCUUUCUAAAGUUGAAAAAGAUGAUAUCCCUGGCCUUUCGGAAAAGCUUGUGGAAGUAUGUACUACAGGAUUGGCAAUCACGGUGCCAGAAAAUCAAAUCGGAUAUUGUGUAAUUCCAAUUAAUAAUGCAAAUGGAGAGUGCAUUGCAUUGGUGACUCUCAAAUCUGACAGCAACAUGGAGGCUUUGGAUGAACGUGUAAAAGAAAUAUCCAAACUCUGUAAAUUAAUUGCUGGAGCUUUAGAAAAUUUUAAAGAAAGUCAAUUUGGAGCAGUAGAAAGCACACAAAGUGUGCAUCUGGAUGCCAGUUCAAUUGAUGAGAUGACUCGGCGACGAUUUAUUUUUGGAAAAAUAGUUCUUGGAUAUGUACGAGAGUUGUUGCUCAAAAUGGACAAUCGGGCUUUGGCGGAACUUCGUAGCUACAAGAAACCUCCAAAAUCCGUGCAUCGUCUUGUCAAAGGCGUGCUGUAUAUUUUUGGAAAAACACCAAAAGAAGUCAAAAUCUGGUUAGACACAGUCAAGCUAUUUACAAUGGAAAUUGUCAAAAAAAUGAUUCAUUAUGACCCUACAGCUAUUCAGAAAAAGAUCCGGUUUACACGAGUCAAAAGGAUUCUAAAAAUGGUGCCUUUCCAAGAUCAAGGAGCUGAUAAAAACUACGUGGGAUCACCGGCGCAAAUUAUCCGUGAUUGGCUCACAGUUGUGGUUGAGCUUAGAGAUCAAGCAGUUACUGCACGUCGUGCAAGACCCGAUGUGUUUGCUCUUGCAUCGCCUGAAUCGACAAUUAUGGAGGAUGCUGAUGAAGAGGAAGAGGAUGUGGAGAAAACAGCUAGUGAUGGAAAUAUAUAUGAGGCAGACACCAAGAUAGCAUCACAUAGCGAACUGAAUUCCCAGCCAAAUGAUAUAGCAGAUAAUAUGGUGGGUGAAGAUACUGAAGGAUCGCAGUUGGAUCUUACUGUUCGGUUUGGUGAUGAAGAUGUGGUAGCAACUACCGACGCGCCAAAAAUAUAG